GGGUGUCGGCGCGGUCAGUGGCGGCUUGAGGAGAGUGGCUGCCGCCAUGAUAGAACAGCAGAAGCGAAAGGGCCCAGAGUUGCCGCUGGUCCCAGUCAAGCGGCCGCGGCAUGAAUUGCUUUUGGGAGCGGCGGGGUCGGGCCCCGGAGCCGGGCAGCAGCAGGCGGCGCCGGGAGCUUUGCUGCAAGCGGGGCCUCCAAGAUGUUCCUCCCUUCAAGCCCCAAUCAUGCUUCUCUCAGGACAUGAAGGGGAAGUGUAUUGCUGCAAGUUUCACCCCAAUGGAUCCACUUUAGCAUCUGCAGGAUUUGACCGACUGAUAUUGUUGUGGAAUGUCUAUGGUGACUGCGAUAACUAUGCUACAUUGAAGGGACACAGUGGAGCAGUGAUGGAACUGCAUUAUAACACAGACGGCAGUAUGCUCUUCUCAGCAUCCACAGAUAAAACUGUGGCGGUGUGGGAUAGUGAAACAGGCGAGAGAGUUAAAAGACUGAAGGGGCACACUUCCUUUGUGAAUUCCUGUUAUCCGGCCAGGAGGGGUCCCCAGCUUGUCUGCACUGGCAGUGACGACGGUACAGUCAAGCUUUGGGACAUCCGUAAGAAAGCAGCGAUCCAGACAUUUCAGAACACCUACCAAGUGUUAGCUGUGACCUUCAAUGACACAAGUGAUCAGAUUAUUUCUGGUGGAAUAGACAACGAUAUCAAGGUCUGGGACCUGCGCCAAAAUAAGCUGACCUACACGAUGAGAGGCCAUGCAGAUUCAGUGACUGGCCUGAGUUUAAGCUCUGAAGGCUCUUACCUCUUGUCCAAUGCAAUGGACAAUACAGUGCGGGUCUGGGAUGUCCGGCCAUUUGCUCCCAAAGAAAGGUGUGUGAAGAUAUUUCAAGGAAAUGUGCACAACUUUGAAAAGAAUCUUCUGAGAUGUUCUUGGUCACCUGAUGGAAGCAAGAUAGCAGCUGGCUCAGCCGACAGGUUUGUGUAUGUGUGGGAUACCACAAGCAGGAGGAUCUUGUAUAAGCUACCCGGCCACGCUGGCUCCAUCAAUGAAGUGGCUUUCCACCCCGACGAACCCAUCAUGGUUGAGAGUCCGCCUGCUGAUGCAGGGGACAUGGGUUCGUGCCCCGGUCCGGGAAGAUCCCACACGCCGCAGAGCGGCUGAGCCUGCGUGUCCGGAGCCUGUGCUCCGCAGCAGGAGAGACCACAACAUUCUCUCAGCAUCCAGUGACAAGAGACUAUAUAUGGGAGAGAUUCAGUGAAGAUAUGGAAUGGAAGACUCCACAAGGCUGCUUGACCCUGAGACCUCAGACAGCAUAAGUGGCAUCAAAUGAUGCCCAGCGAGCAUCCUCCCUUCAGAUGAAGAUCAUUACUAGCAAGAAACAAGGAGGAGGUGGCCAUAUUCCAGCAACCACAAGUAUCCCAGUAUCCUAUUUCAUCAGGAUCAUUAAGGCAACCUUACAGUGGCCUCUU